CAUUUCGUCAGCGCAUGAAAUCUCGUUCGCCAUCAACCAGCCUUUCCUUUCGCCGCUUCCAUCUAAGAAAAGGUCAAGACAGCGUCCGGUUGAAUUCUUCACCAUGGCAGACGCUGACUUCGAGGCCGUUAGAAAGCUUCAGGCUGAGCGGAACGCUGCUGCUGCUGCCAAGAAAGGCUCACGCGGCCGCGAUCCUAAGAACCAGCGAUCCGAUUCCUCAACCAAGGCAAAGCUUACCGAGUCCUUCGACACCGACCUCUACGAUCGCGAUGGAGAUGACAAAUAUGCGGGAUAUCUCACGUCCAUUCCCCCCGCCGAUGGCGAAGAUGAAGAGAUGGAAGAUGCCGAUAACUCGCGUCGCCUAGUUGGCCAGUACACGGCGACACGUGCACAGAUCGAUGAAUUCGCGCAUGGAAAUGGAGUCGAAGAAGACGACCCUUUUGCAGGUAGAGGCGAAAAUAGCACCAGAAUCAUCGAUCGCGAGACUGACUACCAGAAACGUCGCUUCGAUCGCGUUCUCACCCCGACCAGAGCCGAUGCCUUCAACCGCCAAGGCGGCGCCGCCGAGGAGGGCGAUACAUAUCGAGAUAUUAUGGAACGAAGAGAGGUCGAGAGGGAAGAAGAACGCGUUAAGCGCGCUAUUCAAGCGAAGCGGGAAGGAAAAGAUACCGACGACGAUCACCAAGCAACGCUUAAAGACGGCGAUAAAGAGAACGCGGAGGCAGGAUCCACCGAGGCCGUAACGGCCGGACGAAAGCGCAAGAAGAGAUGGGAUGUAGCUUCGACGGCCGUAGAUGAGCCUUCAUCAGAGUCUAACGAUAGCAAGUCUAAAAGGUCUAGAUGGGAUCAAGCGCCAUCACUGGCAGCUGCUGGUGCUCCCGAUGGAGCUAAGAAGAGGUCAAGGUGGGAUCAAGCACCGUCUGCCACUCCUGUUGGUAACAGUGGCUUAGUAACACCGAUGCAUACAUCCUCAGUUGGAGUUGGCGCCGUUAAAGCAGAUAUGUCCGGCCCUCCCGGUAUCCUUAGCGAUGAAGAGUUAAACACACUACUUCCUGGCGAAGAGCAGGGUUUCAAGAUCCUCGAACCACCUUCAGGAUAUUCUGCUGCCCCCCCUCUCCAUAGAGUUACAGCGACGCCACUGCCGCCAAGCUACAGUGGCUUUAUGAUGCAGGAUCCAGAGAGCUCCAGAUUAGGGGGAAGCCAGAUGCCUAAGGAAAUCCCUGGUGUUGGAGAACUUCAAUUCUUCAAACAAGAAGAUAUGGCCUACUUCGGUAAACUAGCAGAUGGCUCCGAUGAGAACAGCUUAAGCGUGGACGAACUAAAAGAACGAAAGAUUAUGAGGCUUCUCCUCAAGAUCAAGAACGGAACACCGCCUAUGCGAAAGACUGCUCUCAGACAACUGACCGACAACGCAAGGCAAUUUGGUGCCGGUCCCCUCUUCAACCAGAUUCUUCCCCUUCUAAUGGAAAAGACAUUGGAAGACCAGGAACGCCAUCUACUUGUCAAAGUCAUCGACCGUAUCCUCUGGAAGCUUGAUGACCUUGUUCGCCCUUACGUUCACAAGAUUCUAGUCGUUAUCGAACCGCUUCUUAUUGACCAAGACUACUAUGCGAGAGUGGAGGGUCGAGAGAUUAUUUCCAACCUUAGUAAGGCUGCUGGUCUAGCCACAAUGAUCAGCACGAUGAGGCCGGAUAUCGACCACGUCGACGAGUACGUGCGAAACACAACCGCCAGAGCUUUUGCAGUUGUAGCCUCAGCCUUGGGUAUACCUGCACUUUUGCCUUUCCUUCGUGCUGUAUGCCGAAGCAAGAAAUCAUGGCAAGCCCGUCACACUGGUGUCAAGAUCGUGCAACAGAUUCCUAUUCUCAUGGGAUGUGCUGUUCUACCCCAUCUCAAGGGGCUUGUAGACUGCAUAGGUCCAAAUCUAAACGACGAACAAACCAAAGUACGAACAGUGACUAGUUUGGCCAUUGCUGCUCUCGCUGAAGCCUCUAACCCCUACGGUAUUGAAAGUUUCGACGAUAUCUUAAACCCUCUAUGGACUGGUGCCCGGAAGCAGCGAGGAAAAGGUCUCGCUGGUUUCCUCAAGGCUGUCGGUUAUAUCAUUCCCCUUAUGGACGAAGAGUACGCCAAUUACUACACUUCACAAGUAAUGGACAUUCUCCUCCGAGAAUUCUCAUCUCCAGACGAAGAGAUGAAGAAGGUGGUGUUGAAGGUUGUUUCUCAAUGUGCGGGCACUGAGGGUGUGACAGCUGGUUACCUCAAGGAGCACGUUCUAGAUGAGUUCUUCAAGAGUUUCUGGGUCCGACGAAUGGCUCUUGAUAAGCGAAACUACCGACAGGUGGUCGAAACCACUGUCGAUAUUGGCCAGAAGGUUGGUGUCAGCGAAAUCCUAGAGCGAGUUGUCGGCAACCUCAAGGACGAAAGUGAAGCGUACCGCAAAAUGACUGUUGAGACUGUCGAAAAGGUGGUCGCUAGUCUGGGAGCUGCAGAUAUAGGAGAAAGAUUAGAAGAACGACUCAUCGAUGGUAUUCUACACUCCUUCCAGGAGCAAAGCGUCGAAGAUAUCAUUAUGCUCAACGGUUUCGGUACAGUCGUCAACGCUCUAGGCACGCGUUGCAAGCCAUAUCUCCCCCAAAUAGUGUCAACCAUCCUUUGGCGUCUCAACAACAAAUCCGCAACAAUUCGUCAGCAAGCCGCAGAUCUCAUUAGUAGAAUUGCUAUCGUCAUGAAGCAAUGCGGCGAGGAUGCACUUAUGGGCAAAUUAGGUGUUGUCCUAUACGAAUACCUAGGAGAAGAAUAUCCCGAAGUUCUUGGUUCUAUCCUAUCGGCGCUUCGUAGCAUUGUUACUGUCGUCGGUAUCAGCCAAAUGCAGCCUCCCAUCAAGGAUCUUUUACCCCGUCUUACCCCUAUUCUACGAAACCGUCACGAAAAGGUGCAAGAGAAUACGAUCGAUCUUGUCGGUCGAAUCGCUGAUCGUGGACCAGAAAGUGUCAAUGCAAGAGAAUGGAUGCGAAUUUGCUUCGAACUACUAGACAUGUUGAAGGCACACAAGAAAGGUAUCCGAAGAGCAGCCAACAACACAUUUGGUUUCAUUGCAAAGGCUAUUGGACCGCAGGAUGUAUUGGCUACCCUUCUUAACAAUCUUCGAGUUCAGGAACGACAGUCCCGAGUUUGCACAGCUGUUGCAAUCGGUAUCGUUGCUGAGACCUGUGCUCCCUUCACUGUCCUCCCCGCUCUGAUGAAUGAGUACCGCGUUCCUGAACUCAACGUACAGAAUGGUGUACUCAAGUCAUUGUCCUUCCUUUUCGAGUACAUCGGAGAAAUGGCCAAGGAUUACGUCUACGCAGUCACGCCGCUACUAGAAGAUGCCUUGAUCGACCGUGACCAAGUACAUCGACAGACAGCGGCGUCAGUAGUCAAGCACAUUGCGCUCGGUGUGGUUGGUCUAGGGUGCGAAGAUGCUAUGGUACAUCUGCUCAACCUUCUCUGGCCUAACUUAUUCGAAACCAGUCCACACGUUAUCGACCGUAUCGUCGAAGCGAUUGAGGCCAUCCGUAUGGCUGUUGGACCUGGUUUAGUAUUGAACUACGUCUGGGCGGGGUUGUUCCACCCAGCUCGAAAGGUACGGCAGCCUUACUGGAGGCUCUACAAUGACGCGUACGUACAGGCAGCCGACGCAAUGGUACCUUACUACCCCAACCUUAACGAAGAGGGUAUCGACAGGCCCGAACUGGCGAUUGUGCUAUAGAAUGCGUUUCAACACGGACAACAGGAGGCAGUGUUAUUAGCCAAACCUUAGCUCCGAGCUCUAGCUGGUGGUGUACAAUAUAUUUGAGAACUAAAAUUCCUUUUUGUGGUGUGCCAAGGGAUACAUCAAAGUCCGGGACCAAUGGUGGUCGCGAGUAUUGUUAGCGGGAUACAGCACAAUGGUUGCCUUUCAUUUUUCGUUCGGUAGCAUUACUUAGUGGCAUUUUUUGGUGUACAGUCCCGUAGUUAGGCAUUAAAAAAGGGUAUUUAAUUUGA